UGUUGCCGGAAAUGACUUGCACUCUCGCUUCCGGUGGGGUCUGCAACGGUUUCGGGUAGCGGCGCAAGCCAGGAGGAGGGGGAGGUCCUCGCCUUUGGGUGGGCUUCGGCGAGAGAAUGGCGCUUUGGCCUCCGCGUUCUCGGGAGGCACCUUCGGGUCGGGUAGAAGACCUUUCCAACCCAAAUGUACAGACUUAUAAUGAUGGAAUCGAACUGGCUUGCCAACAGCAAAAAGAAUUUGUAAAGAGUUCUGUAGAAUGCAAAUGGAAUUUAGCAGAAGCCCAGCAAAAACUUGGAAGUUUAGCAUUACACAAUUCAGAAUCUCUGGACCAAGAACAUGCCAAAGCACAGACAGAAAUUGAUGAAUUGAGAUGGAGAGAAGAAGAAUGGCGGCGGAAGGAAGAAGUAUUAAGACAGAAAGAAAGACAGAAUUUAUGGAAUAUGGAUUUUGUUAGCAAAGAGGUAUUUAACAAGAGUUUUAUUAAUCAAAAGAAACGGAAAGAAACCGAGGAAGAUGCAUCUAAAUCAUUCAUGCAAAAACAUGAGGAGAAAAUUAGACAUUUUGGAAUGUUGAGCAGAUGGUUUGAUAGUCAGAGAUUUCUCUCUGAUCACCCAUACCUUGUCUGUGAAGAAACAGCAAAAUAUCUUCUUUUAUGGUGUUUUCAUCUAGAAGCAGAACAGAAAGGAGCUCUAAUGGAACAAGUAGCUCAUCAAGCUGUAGUGAUGCAGUUCAUUAUAGAAAUGGCCAAGAGCUGCAAUGUGGAUCCCCGAGGAUGUUUUCGUCUAUUUUUCCAAAGAGCUAAGACAGGGGAUGAAGGCUAUUUGGAAGCUUUUAAAAAUGAACUGGAAGCAUUCAAAUCAAGAGUGAGGAUUUGUUCACAAUCCCAGAAUUGUCAAGCAAUGCCUGUUCAGAAUCCUUUAUUCCACAAUGAUCUGAAUUGUAUAGGUGGACUUGCAGCUCAGAAUGCAGAAUCGCUUCAAGGCUGCAGUUUGCAGGGUUUAGUGGUACACAGAGAGGAAGAAGAAGCUAAAAUGAUGGAUACAGUAUAGUACUCUUAAGACUGAUGCCAAGUACACUUCUUUCCGAGAGAAGAAGACGGCAAUUUUAUUAAGACUUCUUUUUAUGGGUGCUGCACUUUAUUUUGAAUGGGGGGGUUGUUUUGUUUUGAGCUUUUGGAGAGAGAGUAAGGCAGAAACACACAUCAUUUUCUUUGAAAAACAAAUGUGCUGCUAUCUUUCUUCUUAUGUUUCUUACUUUUAAGAAAGGGAUGUUCUUGUAAUUUGCUGAAUGUGAAACUACGUUUUCUGCUACUGCUAAAAUCUUGCCUUUUAAUUUUAGAAAUCAAAGUAUGAGAAAUCUGCACAGUUGCAAUGUUUACAAAUGAUUCCUUCAGGAAUCUGCUUUAAUCUUAUUAGAUACUACCCAAGAGUUGCUGUGGAUACUAAAGAUCAUUGUAAUGUGUUCUGUUGCUUGCAUCCUAGGCAUUCAAAUUUGAUUUUCUCACAAAAAGCAAUAAAUCUAUGAUUGCUAUCAGUGUUGCAUCUCUGGAUGGCUCAAACAAAAGCACUAGCCAUUUAUACUACAGGGAUUUUUUUACUGUUUCUGAACAAAAGCCUUCUGUAUUUUAUUUUGAUUCUCACAUAUCUUGAUGUGUAAAUGGCCAUAGUGGAAUUAUAACCAGUAUUUCUGGAGAUCUGCAUAUGUCACAGAGUUUAACUUUUCUUAAUCUUGGAAAUGAAAACAAUAUGACAAACAUCAGCCACUGCUGAGUAUUUCAUCAGGUGCCAAAUUCUGGUUCCCCCCCCCCCCUUCAGAUCUGAGCUUAUUAUCUUUUAUUUGGUAAACCUGUUGAAUGCCUCAAAAGAAAUAAUCAGUGACUGUUUUAAACCAAACAACCCAAAUAGCCAUGAAAUUACUUUGAUACAGCUUGAUUCUGAAAUGUUGUCAUUUAGGUCAGACUAUGUAAAUCUUUUCUUAUAAAUUGUUUACAAAGCCCAAAAUACUGUAAAACUUUUUUUUUAUAUUAUCCUAUCCAUCUGUUUCUGAAUUAAUCACCCUUGAUGUAGCAGUAUGUUAAAAUACAACUUUGUAAAUGCUGUUAGUACAUAAUUGCAUUCAAUGAGUAGUCUUGAACCACUGCAGCUCUAGAGAACGGAAGGAUUUGUAGAUUCUGUCCAAAAAUAUACUUGCUUAUGAUAAAGUUCCUAAGAAGCAAUAUUGACAUGCAAGAUAAGAGUGACAUGUUAUUGACCAGGGCUUUGUUGCUUUCUUUAGGCUCCUAAAUUUCUCUCCUUUAAACAGAAUAUUCACAGUGGGAACUACUGAAUAAAAAUAACCAAGUCUCAACUCAUUCACACAAUCUUCCCAGAAAUGACAAAGUUCCUUUUGGGUCAUGUUUUUUGAAUUGAAUGCAAUUUAAUGUAAGUUUUCUGAUUAAAGCAAGCCAUAAUCUCCCUAGGUCUCACUUAGUACUAUGAAUUGGGGGGUGCUUCCUUCUUUAAAUGUCAUAAGUGUAGAGGCUAAUCUAUCAUUCUGGAUGUUCCCCAGAAUAGCUUCAAAUAGUGAAGUGUUCAUAAGAGUAAAUCAUGAUUAGUUAUUUCACAUUUCUGAAAAUCUAAUCCAGAAAGAAAGGUCAAAAUGAGACACUGGUUUUAAAAUUAAGAUUCAGGGAUUGAUUGAAAAGAUAGUUUUAUGCAUUAGCAACUCCCUGGAACAAUAAAUAAUUUUUUAAAGUGUAGCAAGGGAAUUGGCUAACGAGCAACUGGUGAUGUGUGACUUGGGUCUUGGUUAUUUUAAUUACGAUGAACUCUGGUUUUAACAAAUUGGUUCAGAUAACAAAAGAUCAGAAAGGCCUUGAUACUAACUGUAACAUCAAGAAUCUUAUUGGCAAAAAACUAAUUCUGAAAAUCCAAUUUCCAUAAUUUAUGCAGACAUUAUAUAUUGCAAUUUAAUCUUCUUGGGUUGAGAUAUAAUAAUGUGUGAUUCUGUUUUGUAACUGAGUGAGAAAUGAUGUUUGAUUAUGCUCACAGAAUAACAGAAUGGAGGAAAUAAGUCUUGAGAAAUGGAGAAUUGUAUUGAAGCAUCGCUUCUUUUAAGUUCAGCCACUACUAUUUAUAAAUGGUUGCUAACAUUGUAAUAUACUUUCUUAGAUAUCACCUUUUAUACUUUUCAAAUUUGUGGCCUCUCUUUCUGUAUUUUUAGGUACUUUUGCAUGGUCAUGUUUUCAGCUCUGUGAGAAUAGAAAAAAUGAUUGGGAGUAAAAACUGGAUUUCUUUUCUGUUAACUUUCCUGGAAAAAUAAAUAUGUAGCAAAGUAAUUUGGAGCAAGCAGGGAAAAAGCCCCUAGUGAUUUAAGCAGUAAAACAAUUUUUUUUAGCAUUUUUCAAAUUUAAAUAGAACAAAAUUAGGGAGGAUGAAGCAAAACUAAUCAGUAUUUCUUUCCAAAAAUAAAUCUUACUUCUUUGGAACAUGGGAGUGGUGGGGUUCUAUUUGAAUUCCUCCAUAAAUAAUCUAAUAUAGCAAAUAUUGUGUGUUGCAAGAUUGGCAAAAGCAAUCUUCUGAAAUUUUCAAAUGGAAUUCUAAUUUAGAUGCGUGACUGAGAUAGUUACAUUUUUAUUUUUUUACAGUUUUAAUGAAAGCAAUAGAAAAGAAUUUGCCAUCUGGAUCCUUGUGGAUAGGUUGAGUUGCAUUGCUUAGAAUUUCAUACCAUUCCCAACACAGUAAAUCAGCAACAAAUUUGUGAAAUGGCUUUAACUAUCUGUAUUACUACUGUGAUUUUAACUUAACAUUGUAAAAUAAGUGGAAAAUAUGACACCAAAUUUGAUAAGAACAACAAUAUUAAAGUCAGAAGAACUUUUUUUUUUGCAUGAAGUGUAUAUGAGAAAGCAGCAUCCAAUUUCAUCUAGCUAAUACUCUGUUAUCAGAAAGAACGUUCUGAACUAAGCUUAUUUCUAGGAUGGUAACUGAGCUGGAAAUAAAUUCUUAAAGCAAGAGAGUAAUCUGGCAGAAGAGAAGUUGGCUCCGUUUUAUGUAAACAUUUGAUCAUCCACUGGGUGUUAUAAUAUAGCCAUGGCUGUCUAGUGUGGGUUUGUACCUAUUUUUCUACCAAUCUGAUUAACACAAGGAGUGUAGACAUUUCAAUUUUUGAAGGCACAAAAUAACAUGUACAAAAUCUGGGCACUAAAAAUUGCUGACUUGCAAUAGGUUGGGAAAUAAUACUCAUCUUUGGAAUUAAACUGAUACAAGUUAAGAAUUAUAUUUUAUCUGACAACAUUGUUUUGCCUGUGAUUUUUUUCCCAUUCUGUUUCUGUAUUCACCUUCGCAUCAUAACAUGUUUUUCCACAAUCAUGUUUGUUUUGUUGACCGUUUCAUUAAUAUGUUUUUUUACAACUGUUGUAUAAUCCAAAGAUUCUGAAACUAAAGUUACAUAUGAGCAACUUUGUUCUGAUCUGAGACAUAUGAUGUCAGGCCUGUAUUUUGAAUUUUUCCCUCCAUUUGACUGGCAUUUAUGGUAGCAGAGGCUGUUUUAAGCAAAGAUUUUUAGCUUUGCAGGAUGGGAUUUUGAUUUUUUGCUGUUUUCAAAGUCAAAUACAGAAGGAGUAUCAAGAGUGACACUGAUCAAAGCUAAAACUGACAAAAAAUAUACUGGCAUCAUAGUCCUUUGCUUAUUAAAAAGGUGUAUUCAUUAAAGGCAAGAUUAUAUUUGUUAAAAUAUGAGUUAUGUUUGUCCUUUUGAUUUGUAGAAAACCGUUUUCAGUGAUCCAUAGACCCCAUAUAUUUCAAGCACUUGGUAGAGGGGAAAAGUGAGAACUGCUGAUUUACCUGAUCAGGUUCUAGCCAAUUUGCCUUGUGACUUUAUUAGAUUGUUCUAAAGCAGUGACUCCAAAUCUUGGAAACUACCAGGUGUGCAGACCAACUCUUGUGAUUACCCAGCCAGCCUGGUACUUGCUGAGAAUUCUGGGAGUUGAAGUCCAUACAUCUGGCCCUCCCUACUGCUGCAGAGCACUUUUCCAAAGCCUUAAGAAGAGGGCAACGUGGCAAAUUUUGCUUCAUGGUCUGAAAUAUAUUGUAAAUUUAAGAUUGUCCCAUAUGAAGUUUGGAAUUAAAAUAUAAGUUGCUAUUAAUAAAAUAACUACUUUUGCUGUAAUGUGUUUGAUUUAAUCAUGACUUGAGACUUUAUCCAGAAUCAUGAUUUUAAUAAAGGAAGCACAUUUCUGUUCAGGAAUGUAUGGUGUAGAACAGAGGUGGGUUGCUGCCAGUUCAGCCCAGAUCGGUCGAACCGGUAGCAGCAGCGGCAGGAGGUUCUGCCCACCCGGACGUUUCUACACAUAAGGUUUUGCCACUGAGAAUUUCAAUGUAUAGGAGAACUGGUGGAAUGGUUACCUCCUUUUGUUAGUUUCUUGCAUCUCAGCUGCUGAUUAUGUUUGUGCUGUAGUUUUUUAUAUCUCUGCAUUAUGCUGUUUUAACUGUUGGUUGAAUAGAAUAUGUUGUCUUCCUUUUUUUCUAAGAUGGUGGGAUAGGAAGUGAAGGAUUUGUGAUACAACAGAGAUUAUGGUACAUUUGAAGAAGCAAAAUGUCUGCUUUAAUUUUAAAUUAGUAAUUCCAUCCAGAAACUCUAGAAAAAGAGGCAUCUUCCAACACUACUGCUAUCAGCAUAAAGAAAAAACCCUCUACAGCUGUUGGGAAAUUUGAAAAAAAAAAAAAAAACCAAUGUUAAAUUCUAAAUGCCCAGGCAGGAAAAAAAAUGUGUCCACCC